AUGAUUCUGUCAUUCGAUGAGAUCACCAAAUGGUUUGGUGUGACAUUGUUUGAGAUAUUCAUGGUUUUAGUGUCGCUCCUAAUCUAUUCAAUACUACUGGUGCUGAAGAUAGACACCUCGUUGGGGGACGAGUGGCUGUGCUGGUGGUCAGUGCACUCGCCUCUGUUCGUGUGCGACGCCCUCCUCAGCUAUUUCUGUAUAAUUGUGUUCAUCCGCCAGUAUUUGGACGGCAAAUACAAAAUGGCAUUAUUUAGAGCUGUUUGGAGUGUCAAUCAAAUACUACUCUUGUUUUUAUCAAAACUGUUGCUCUGUUUCAAACUCGAG